AUGGAAGGCGGAGGAAACAACUUCGGACGCGGCCGAGGCCGAGGCCGCGGCGGCGAAGGGCGCGGGCAACACCAGGGCCAAGGCGGCCGGGGGCGCGGGAACUACCGGAUCCAGCCCAAUCAGGGCGGCGGAAGGGGUCGGGGAGAUGCCCCGCCGCCAAGCCGCGGCCCUCCCGGUCAACCGCCGGUUCAGGCAAAUCAACCCCCUCCCCAGCAUGCUUGGAUCAGCAGGCCGCCGGGUCCCAGACAAUCCGGUCCAAUUCCUGGCGGGCCCUCCGGCGGAGGAGCCGGCGCUCGGACUGGGAGGCCGUGGGGGCCAUCUGCUGCUCCUAAUGUCACUCCUGUUCAGCCUCAGCAUCUGGCCAAAUCCGGUCCACCUCCCGCGGGUCCCUCUAGCGGAGGAACUGGCUCUUGGACUGGAAGGCCGUGGGGCCCAUCAGCUGCUCCUACAGCUACUCCCGUUCAGCCUCGGCCUCAGGCUCAGCCUCCACAUUUGGCCCAGGCGACUCAUCAACCAUCUGCCGAUGCCAUUGAUUUGAAAACUCUCAAGAUAACCGAGGAGAAGCCUCAAGAGAGUCAGAUCAAAGUCAUGAGUCGGCCUGACCGAGGAGGCAAGCUUGCCGUCAGAUCCAUCAAUCUUCUGGUCAACCAUUUCCCCGUCAAAUUCAAUUCUGAAUCAAUUAUCAUGCAUUAUGAUGUGGAUGUGAAGCCUUCCGGUGACAAUGGAUCCUCAAAGAAAAAGUUGAGGAAAUCCGAAAUGGCUCUGAUCAAGAACAAGCUGUUUUCCGAACACGAUGAGUUCAGCACGGCCCUGCUGAAAACCGUUUAUGAUGCAGAGAAGAAUAUUUUCAGCUCUGUUCGUUUACCCACAGGUGUAUUCACUGUGGAGAUUCCUGAAGACGAGGAGGUUAGGAGGGGAUUAUAUACUUUCACAAUCAAGCUUGUGAAUGAGUUGAAGCUUUCCAAGUUGAAGGACUAUUUAUCUGGUAACUACUCGUCUGUUCCUCGCAAUAUACUGCAAGGGAUGGAUUUGGUUAUGAAGGACAAUCCUUCCAGGAAGAGGAUUGGUGUUGGUCGUAGCUUUUAUUCGCACAAUUAUCGUCCCCAAGACGAUCUGAAAUGUGGAGUUGCAGCUCACAGAGGCUUUCAGCAGAGCUUGAAGCCCACAUCACUCGGUCUUGCUUUGUGCCUGGACUAUUCAGUCAUAGCUUUUCGAAAGAAAUGCUCGGUCAUUGAAUUUCUAAGUGAAAAUGUUCGGGGGUUUAAAGGAGUAGGUGAUGUCAAAAGAUUGAUUGGGGAUGUUAAUGGUGCUUUGAUAGGGCUGAAAGUUCGAGUUAACCAUCGACGAACGAAACAGAAGUAUACCAUUGCUGGGCUAACUCAAAAGGAUGCUCAUGAUAUUUACUUUGAUCUUAUUGAUCCAGAAGGCUUAAGACCUCCAACAAGGACAGCUCUCGUUGAUUAUUUUAGGGAGAAGUGGGGAAAGGAUAUUGUGCAUAAAAAUAUUCCCUGCUUGGAACUUGGUAAUCCAAGGAAGCCUAAUGCUGUGCCGAUGGAAUUCUGCGAAUUGGUUGAAGGGCAGAGGUAUCCGAAGGAGGAUCUUGACCGGAAUGCUGCUGUAUGGUUGAAGAAUUUAUCACUUCCUAAGCCUGGGGAGAGAAGGACUACAAUCAAUGAUAUGGUCCGAGCUGAUGAUGGGCCCAUUGGGGACAUUGUUGGAAAUUUCGGAAUGGAAAUUGUUCCCGAAAUGUCGAGUGUUAGAGGCCGGAUCAUUCAUCCACCCAAGCUGAGACUCGGGGGUGCAGAACAAGUAGGAGUGGAUGCAGAAAAAUGCCAGUGGAACCUUCUCGGUAAAUCCCUCGUCCAAGGGAAACCCAUCGACCGGUGGGCCCUCAUAGAUUUCACCGAGGGCGACAAGUAUAACUGGCUCGAUGUGGGGCCCUUUGUCGACACCCUGAUUAAACGUUUUCACCAACUGAAAAUCAAAAUGAAAGAGCCUCUUGUGUACCGUUACACUCGUAUGCAAGAAUUCUCCUCCGUGCAAAGACUCGAGAAUCUCCUCAACAACGUUGUGCAAGAAUCUGCGCGUGUGGACAAGGAAAAGCUGCAGUUGAUUGUAUGUGUCAUGAGCAAGAGAGACGAUGGUUACAAGCUGCUGAAGUGGGUAUCCGAGACGAAACUCGGCGUGAUCACACAAUGCUGCCUCUCGUCCACCGUCAAUAACGAAAAGGGAUGGGACCAAACUUACGCUAACCUCUGCCUCAAGAUAAACGCCAAGCUCGGCGGGAACAACUUCGAGCUUCUCAAAGAGCCUAGCAACUCGCGCUCCGACGAGCAUAUCAUGUUCAUAGGAGCCGACGUGAACCACCCUGCUGCUAGCAACUCGUUGUGCCCGUCGAUAGCUGCUGUUGUCGGUACCGUCAACUGGCCCGCGGCGAAUCGCUACGCGGCCCGCAUGGGCCCACAGGCCCACCGAUGCGAGAAGAUCGAGAAUUUUGGAGCCAUGUGUCUCGAUUUGGUCAAAGCCUACGCCCGGGCCAACAACAAUGUGAGGCCGAAGAGGAUCGUGCUCUUUCGAGACGGGGUUAGCGAGGGGCAAUUCGAAAUGGUGCUCGGGCAGGAGUUUCUCGAUUUGAAACUAGCGAUUUGCGACGAGAGCUACAACCCGAGAAUCACGGUGGUGGUUGCGCAAAAACGUCACCAGACUCGACUUUUUGUUCAGAACGAGAGAGAUGGGGGCAGGACGGGAAAUGUGCCACCUGGGACAGUGGUGGACACGGAUAUCGUCAGCCCUCGGGAUUUCGAUUUCUACCUCUGCAGUCACUAUGGGGGUAUUGGGACGAGCAAGCCCACACACUACUAUGUGCUUUGGGAUGAGAAUGGUUUCACGUCUGAUGGGCUGCAGAAGCUGAUUUACGACAUGUGUUUCACGUUCGCCCGGUGCACAAAGCCUGUCUCGCUCGUGCCGCCCGUUUACUAUGCAGACCUUGUGGCUUAUAGGGGCCGAAUGUUUCAGGAGGUGCUGCUUGGGACUCGGUCCUAUGGGCUCGGUUCUAGUCGUGCCUCGAGUUCAAGUUCGGGUUCACCACCGUCUUCUGGCGACGCUUCUUUCAACCAGAGCUUCUACGACUUGCACGAGAGUUUGAAGGACGUCAUGUUUUUCGUUUGA